CGGGGCAGCUCAACAAUGUGAUGAGUCGGCUCUCUCUGAUGUCCCAGCGUGCCUUCUGAUUGGACGAUCCCCUCACCCCCCCCUCCCAGCCGUUACCAGGGGCGUGGAGCCAAGCGGACUGAAUGAGAACACAUUUGAGUGGCUCACCGGCGGAAAGGAGCUAAUGGGAGAGGGACUAUAACUAACGAAAGCAGCUGUUGGCGUGACUUAAUUGGAAAUGCAAGGGGGCACAGUAUUCGGAAUUCAGCCUCUGCGGUGUGUAACGACACGCCGCGUGUAGAGCGGGCGCGAGGACGAAGGAGCUGGGAGACGUGCGCAGAAAGAGAUGCUUAGAAAAACUGCUUUUUCUAAACCACUAAAACACUCGUCGUGAAUGUGGGGUGUGUAUUCGGUAAGCAAACCUGAGGCGGAUUUUUUUGUACCUGUGUGGCUGCAAAGACUCCGUUAGUGCUGCAACGCAGAAAUUAGGAUAAAAUGCAGAUAGGGCGUUUUUAAAGUCGUGGACAGCUAGCAAGAUUUUUCUGUCACUGGACCUGACAGUGUAGCUGGCACACUGGAGGAUUCUGUCCGCUUUUUAAACCAGCACUUGUCUCUGAUGAAAUCUCGCCCGCAUCAUCCAUCCUAGCGCGUUGGGGGCCUCCGCUGACAAACUGCGUCACCGGGUGGGCACUGCAGGUAUUCAUCUGUCCAUUCGUCUCCGGAGCAUGAAGCCAUGGCACGAAUGACCUGGAAACCAAAGUGAUUUUUUAUUAUUUAAAUCACCAUGGAGCCGGAGGCUCCCAGAGAGUCCAAACCUGCGCCUGGACCUAAUGUUCAGUGCGACCCUGCCGUAAAUAGGUGUGACACCACCAUGGGGGAAGGAAACGUCAAACUUGUGGAUUCUGUGGUGAGAGGAGGGAGUGAUCCCAGUGCUUAUCCUUCCUGCAGCUACCACAGGAGUGUGCACCACAGGUUUAUAAGGAGAAGUCUAUGGUUCUCAGAUACUGAUGAGCAGGUCUUUGACACCCCGGACAACGACAGUGGGAAUAAAAUCUUUAACAUCAACCUGAGGACAAUAGUGGACAGAACACUAGUGACCAGCUGUGGCACACAGGAGACGUCCAGCACUGAAAGCCAUGGCGGCCAAAAAGACAGUGCAACAGAGAGUGCCAGUGCUGACGAAGACAAGGAGAGAGGGGCUUUAAAAGUUGCCUGCAAUGAUGGUUGCAAAGUUGCCAUCAAAGCAGCCAGCGAGGAGAAUGAGGAGGAGGCAGAGAUGAAGGCAGUCUCCACAUCUCCUGGAGGACGGUUUUUGAAAUUUGACAUUGAGCUGGGACGAGGAUCCUUCAAAACUGUCUACAAAGGCCUGGAUACUGAGACGUGGGUGGAGGUGGCUUGGUGCGAACUGCAGGAUCGUAAGCUGUCUAAAAUGGAGCGGCAGCGCUUUAAAGAAGAGGCAGAGAUGUUAAAAGGCCUUCAACACCCCAAUAUUGUUCGUUUCUAUGACUUCUGGGAAUCACCACUUAAAGGAAAGAAAUGCAUUGUUUUAGUAACGGAGCUCAUGACAUCUGGAACACUCAAAACGUAUCUUAAGCGUUUCAAGGUAAUGAAGCCGAAGGUUCUGAGGAGUUGGUGCAGGCAAAUCCUCAAAGGUCUUCACUUCCUGCACACCAGGACCCCUCCCAUCAUUCACAGGGACCUCAAGUGUGACAACAUUUUUAUCACCGGACCUACUGGAUCAGUCAAGAUUGGGGAUUUAGGACUAGCAACUCUGAAAGCAGCUUCCUUUGCAAAGAGCGUCAUCGGUACCCCAGAGUUCAUGGCCCCAGAAAUGUACGAGGAGCACUAUGACGAAGCUGUGGAUGUGUACGCUUUUGGGAUGUGUAUGCUAGAGAUGGCUACGUCAGAAUACCCUUACUCCGAGUGUCAAAACGCUGCUCAGAUUUACCGCAAAGUUACCAGCGGAGUGAAGCCUGCUAGCUACAACAAGAUAAUGGAUCCUGAAAUCAAGGAGAUCAUUGGAGAGUGCAUUUGCCAAAAGAAAGAAGAAAGGUACACCAUCAAGGACUUGUUAAACCACGCUUUCUUUGCUGAAGACACUGGUGUGAGGGUGGAGCUAGCAGAGGAGGAUGAUGGGAAAAAGAUCUCCAUAGCCCUCAAACUGUGGGUUGAGGACCAUAAGAAAUUAAAAGGGAAGUACAAGGAAAGUGGAGCCAUCGAGUUCACAUUUGACCUGGAGAAGGAAGUCCCUGAAGUUAUAGCACAAGAAAUGGUGGAGUCUGGCUUUUUCCAAGAGAGUGAUGUCAAGACUGUGGGGAAGUCCAUCAGGGAUCGUGUGGCUCUGAUAAAAUGGAGACGAGGGAGAACAGUGUCUUCUGCAGUAACAGUGGAACAGGGUGAAGAAGGACCCAAGACCGCAAAGGCACCACCUGAGAACAUGUCUGGGCCGCCCCAAAUCGGACAACCUCUAUUGCUGGAACCAGAGGAGCCAGAGGCAGACCAACAUAGCCGGCUGCAUAACCUAACAGGCAGUACCAACUCAGUGACAUCAGGUGGCACACUUGACAGCGGCAUGGGUUCCACCGUGUUCUCAGACUCGUACAGCAGCCAGCAGAGUGUCCCCUACCCAUCACUUCUGGAACCGGUUACCAUGGCAGCACAGCAGUGCCAGAGUGGCAACCCUUUCUCAACAGACCGACCCCGCUCAUGUGAAAGAGUCCUAGGAGCAGCACUGAGUCCAACUCUCAGGACUCGGUUGGGAAGUGGAGAACGCAGAGGAAGUGCUCCUGUCAUUGACACGCAGAACCACAUAGCUCACCUUCAAGCUCUCGUUCCGCCCUGGAGGGCAAUCAGUCCCACUCCCAUGGUGAUGGAGAACGAGUCUGAAGCUGAAGUUGGAUUUCUGUCCCCGACUUCUCCCCCAUUGCUUUUAGUUUCCCCAGUAUCUCCACCCUCUGAGAUUCGCCGCUUCAGUGAUGUCUGCGUUGGCUUAAAAUCAGAGGCCACUGAGGAAAUGACUCUUCCCGUCUCACAUGGACGUAGACAUUCUGACAUUGGCAGUCUCCUGAGUCUAACCUCCAAUAACAAACCCCACUGUGCCAUUCAUAAAACCCCCAUGUGCCAGGCCUGCAUCUCUUUGCUUCAGUUGAGAUCUCAAGAGGGGAACUCUCGGCUCUCUCCUACUGCCCUACCAAUGCAUCACUGCCCAUGUGACCUCAGGCGCCAGCCUUCUUCUGGACAGACAAAAUGUUUAAAUGACUAUUUAGAUUUCUCCAUGCUGCAGCAGUCGCUUUUCAACAUCAUCAGCCGUAAGGCAUCUCCUUGUAACUCUACACACCUCCAAGCUUCACACCUGGGCUCCUCGAUGGCCCCAAAGCAAUUUGGUGACAGAGACUGUAGCCUAAAGAGUCCAACCCUGUGUGGAAGGCUGUCUAAAAGUCAAGAAACUCUCCUGGAGUCUGAGGACAAAUGCUGUUCCAGAAAGCAGCAAGCUACCACUGCUGUGGGUGUGGCCAGUACUGUGUGUCACCAGAAUCAGCCAUCAUCUGUUCAGGCCCCGCCCACUUCCACCACAGUAAUGGACACGCAGCAGCAGAACCUUCAACCAGGCCACAGCUACCCAGCUGCUUUACAUCCUCACCAAGCAGCUCCAGCCGCUCUGUGCUCCAUGAACAUCCAGCAGCAAAUGCAGCCUGCAGCACAGAGCUACCAAGGACACCAACAGCAGGACGCUGCGGGCUCGUUGACUUUCCCUUUGCAAAUUCAGCAAACUUUUCAGAACUCGGUGGUGUCGAGCCAGCAGCAAUCUCAAUCUCCAUCAGGAUAUUCUACAUCAGUGCAGCCUCAGAUCGUAGCAAGCACCCUGUCAGCACAGCAGCCAGCACAAAGCUGCCCCCCUGUAUCACCUGCUCAAACCAUACCAACCCAAGUCCUGUGUCAACCAGUACACCCUCCUUGCACAUCACAGCAGGCCCAAGCCUCAUUUCAGCUGCUCAGUCAGCAGCCUGCUCAGAGCUCUUCCACACCCGGACUUUAUGCUCAACAAAUACCCAUCCAGCAGGAGCACCAACAACCUUUACCAAACGCCCAGUUAGGUAUUCACCAAGCACCAGAUGCUGGACAGGCCUAUCCACCACAGAACCCAGAAACUCUGCAUCAAAUGGAACAACCAGCAGCCCACUCAUCUCAAAAUCCACAGUGUCACCUACAGAAACAAUUGCUCACAUCUGCUCCUCAGCAGCACUAUCAACAGCUCACACAGCCUGCAGCCCCAGUACAAGAGGUAUCUCACCCUCAGCCUCAUUCUAUAGCAAUUCCAGUGGUCCAAGUUGCUGCAGAACAUCCAGGAUACCAUAUGAAAAGUCUACCUGAUUCUGCAUCUCAGAACUACAUACAACAGACUGGCCAGAACUUUCCAGCUUCUUCCCAGCAAACCCCUCAGAAUUUUGCUCAAGACCAACAAAGCUUUGGACAAAAUUUCAGCACGUCUGUUUCUAGUGCAACAAUCCAGGUGCUUCCUCCACAGACUGCUGUUCACCAACAACUUCCACCUCUGCAGCUCCCACCAUCACACCAGUAUCCCACAGUCCAGGUGAUGACGGCUGUGGCAGACUGUGAAUCCUCCUAUCUUCACACCUGCACCGCUCCUCACCCUUCAGUCUCCCCUUCUUAUAAUCCCGUUUUCCUUGCUCCCGGAUUUACACAUUCUGUGACUCCCUCUGUCUCCCCCAUUUCCCCUCUGCACAACGAAAGUCUAUUUGUUUCGCCCAACCCUGCAUCUCUGUUACCAUCCCCCACACCUGUGCUGGGCGGAAUGGAACCCACAUCCCCACAACUCCUUGCUUCUAUGCAGCAGACUAGAUUGGAGACUUUCCAUGCUCAAUCCACAUUCCUAUCAGCACCAACCACCCACCCCACAGACACACGCAUUCCUCCCUGCAAGAACACGCACCCUCCCACAAGUGGCAACAGCCACCCUCAGCUGCAGGCUGCAGUCUUAGCUACGCAGAACAGCACGGAGCUGCACACAGACACCAUGGCUACUCAGCUGGACAUGAACUCGUGCCAGCUGCCCUCACAGAGUCAAGUCCAGAGCCAGAUUCCUCUGCUGCAGUCCUCUGACUCUCAGAGACCAUCGCCCGUCUCUGCCAGCUCCACCGUUCCUCCUCAGAAGAAGCUCAGCUCUGUUGCAGGAUCUGGGAGUCAAGGCCUAACAGAAGCCAUCAAAGAGGAUCAAGCAGCAGAAAAACAAACUGGAGGACAGAGCUAUGACAGUGUCAACUCCGAUGCCACAUCAGGCAAGGAGAUGAGUGACGGCUAUGAAGGGACACACGGAGGCAAAGUGGACGGAAAAGUCCGCAAACAUCACCGCAGGUCCAUGCGAACGCGGUCGCGACAGGAAAAAAUUACCAGACCGAAGCUCAGCAUGCUCAACGUGUGCAACACUGGAGAUAAGAUGGUGGAGUGUCAGCUGGAGACUCACAACCACAAAAUGGUCACCUUCAAAUUUGAUCUGGAUGGAGACGCACCUGAAGAGAUUGCAACCUACAUGGUGGAGAAUGAUUUCAUUUUGCCCCUUGAAAAAGAGGUCUUCAUUGAACAGCUGAAGGAAAUAGUGGAGAAAGCUGAGGACAUGCUCAGCGAGGACACGGAAGGAGAGAGGACCUCCGACUAUGGAUGCAGCCCUAAACAGAGUGAAGGAGCUGGAGUUCUGUCAACAGAGCUUUCAGAACCCAGCACUCCACAGUUUGUGUACCAGCAAAAUGUCCUCCACACUGGCAAACGCUGGUUUAUCAUCUGCCCUGUGGCUGAAACGCCACUUUCCUGCAAAGAAGUUCCCUCUUUGCAGGACAAAGAGGGAACUUCAUCACACCCCUCUACUGCUCAGGAGCAUGAAGAUUCAACUGAAAACACAGCUGCAGUAGCAGAGUCUGUCAAAGCCUCCAAAAGUUCGCCUCCCUCCUCGGUUUCCACCUCACUUCAACUUUCCAACCAAAAUAUUAGCCAGUCCCAGGUCCAGCAGACCCAGCCCUGUGUAGCACAGCAUGCUGCUUCAGGGAGCACCACCUUCAACAAUUCCCUUCCUGCUGAAGAACCCAUCAUGUCUAUUUUGCCUGAAAUGCCGUGCUGCGCUAUCGUGCCGCCGGGCUCGUUGGAUGUUCAGGCUGUCGACAGAGCGAUGGCCGCUCAGACAAAUUCACCGAAUCAGAAGAGUAGUCCCUCUGCAGAAAUGCCUCCUCAGCUCCAGCAGUCCGUGGUCCUGCAGCAGCCUUAUCCCACGUCCAUGCAGGCGGGAACGGUCACGUCCCAGCCUCAGAGUCCUGCACAUCAGAGCUCGCAGUCGUCGAGCCAGCAGCAGAGUGGGGGGCAAGGCGAGUCGGACAGCGAAGGGCCGCGCAGAGUGGAAUUUGUGGACCGGACCAUCAAAACUCUGGACGAGAAGCUGCGGAACCUGUUAUACCAGGAGCACGCUCCCGCUCAGUCCUCCAACAACCCGUCUGAGCCUCAGGCCUCCAGCUCAGAAGGGCUGAGCUCACCGCAAGUUUCAGAGGGGCAGAACACAGAGGGACCUCUUGAAAAGAAAAAGAUGGAGCCACUGCCACAGAUUCCUGAGCGCACAGAUGGCGUGGGUGCAUCAAAUGACUCCGCUUUGGCAGCUCCCAAAGGUGAUUCGAACGGAAGAGAUGUGGGUGACAGUUGCAGUUUAUUCAGCUCCAAGAGCCGUUUUCAAUGUGUGACGUCUGCCUUCCAGAUCAUCCCCACUCCACAAGAUGUCAUAUGCCCUUCAGAGAAAAGGACCAGCUCAUGCAGCUCCCCUGCACCCUCUAGUGGUUCUGCUGGCUCCUACACCAGAACCAAGGCAGACCAUGACAACGUAGGAACAUCCAAGCCUCACAGCGGCAACCGUUUCUCUGCUCCACCAAACUUCUAUCAAGCUGCUUCCACUUCUGACACCACCACACGCCUGCCUCCCCGAGCCCAGUCUAUCGACAGCCAUCAGCACCACCAGGUGUCUCACCUGGACUCUGACUCUGCUGAAGAGGAGAGCUCCGCCCAUCCAGCUCAUGCUCUUUCUGAGCACAGUGGCAGCGACCUCAUGAAGAGGGCGGUUGCCUUCUUACGACGUUCUGGCCGCCACAAACCAGAACAGAGCUCUGAAUCCGCCAGCAGAAAAUCUGUGGCAGUGAACGGCCACGCCUCUUCACCCCCAACAGGACACACCCACUCAUCUUACAUCAGCAGCGACAACGACUCAGAGUUUGAAGAUGCUGAUAUGAAGAAGGAGCUACAGAAACUUAGAGAAAAACACAUGAAGGAGAUCUCUGAGCUUCAGGCAUUUCAAAGGAGUGAGAUUGAGCGUCUGUACAAGGAGCUAGGAAAAACUCUGCCUCCUAAUCUCAGCCUGCUACAUGCUGUUCCACCAUCUGGUCGAAGACGGAGAACCAGCAAGCACAGGCUGAAAGCUGGAAAACUGCUCAAUCCGAUGGUGCAGCAGCUGAGAAAUAAUCUCAACGCUUCCAGUGCUGAAAAGAAAGGUGAGAGCGCUGGUGGUUCAUCCAGUUCCCCAGCUCGAAGUUCUCUUCUAUCAGAUGGUUCUGCUCAUUCCAGUGGCAGCUCCAGCUCCAGCAAUCAGCCUAACGCUGUUCAGGAACAGGUCCACACCCAGCAGCCCUGUUCCCUGAAGGGCUCCUUUUCCUCUGACAACAUCUACGCUGGGCAUCAUGGAGAUAGAGUGGCUAACCCUGGUCAAGGCUGGACGGUUUACCACCAAACGUCAGAGAGAGUCACCUAUAAAUCUAGUAGCAAACCACGCACUAGAUUCCUCAGUGGACCUGUGUCUCUGUCCAUCUGGUCCACUCUGAAACGCCUAUGUCUAGGCAAAGAGCGCAGUAGUAGGUCGUCUCUCAACACCAACACAGCACAGACCGCUUCCAGUCAACCACAGGCCGCCGUCACGUCCACCUCGCCAUCUCCUCAGCAAUUCACACGACUCGCUCAGGUCCAGACCAACAACAGCAACAACAACCGAGGCACAUUUACAGACGAUCUACACAAACUUGUGGAUGACUGGACAAAGGAAACUGUAGCAGCAGCAGCCGGUCAGCCUCGACCCUCCCUGAACCAGAUGAAACAGAGGCACCAGCAUGGUCCAGAGAGCAAGCUGGCUGCCAUGGGCGGCAUCCCACCUGAGAUAAAAUCCCAAUUUGUUCCCAGUAAGUUCCAACUUCCCCUCUCCUGCCCAAUGACUGCUGCUUUAAGCUCUGGCCUGCCGGCAGCCAGAGCACACCUCCACGCAAUGAUUCCUCCCAACUACCGCGGCUCCUUUGGCCGGAUGGUUCCUGGUGCUCUGUAUGCCCAGCAGUGGCCCAGCAUGCCCAGUCCCGGAGGCUCUGUGGUUCCUGUGGGCUUACUAGGUGCUCCAAGAGUGAUGUCCUACGCCGCAAUGGCAAACCCAGGGAUCCAAACCUUGUCUUUGGUCAAACCUGAAAAUAGCACUUCUUCAAAAACCACAAGGACUACCUGAUCUGCUAGCUACAAAUGUGUUGUCUGCAGGACGGUCCAACUCCUCUCUGCCCCAUCCGCCAGAGACACAUGCAUAGUGAUAUGUUGGCAUUCCGAAAACAACACGUACAUCUGUAGUUGACUGUGUGAGUUUGUAUGUGUGCGUAUCAUGUGUACUUAUGCUUUUUGGCUUAACAAAACUGAGCCAUAUAAGAAAAAAAACAUUUCUCCUGUGGUGACGAGCAUAUUUUCAUGUUCUUUGUUACUGCAGUUUGCUCCAACUUUUAGUUGUAUGCUCCCUCUAAAGACUACACUACAAUCCAAAUACCAGAGGCAUGGGGUUCAGUAACAGGAUAGUAUUUCAGAUUCAAGUAUUUGCAGGAAUGUAGUGCCUUGAACAACUUUUUCUUUUCUUUAAAACAAUACAUUUCUGCUGAUUUUGAGUGAAACCUUUCUUUUCUCCUGCUUAAAUAAUAAUAAAGUGUUUUAACUGUUGUUUACAUUUCACCCUUUUUGGAUGGAGUGCCAUAGUAGUGAGAUGUUACUUAUGAAUGAUUGAUGGGUUAAAAAAAAAAACAAAUCCAACAGCCAAAUUGAACUCUUUCAGGUUAGAUGCUUCAGCUGAACACUGUUUGUGAUUGGACAGUACAACAGCUGGAAGUUUUGUUGAGGAAAGCUGGUGUCCAGAGCCAUUCACACUGUACAAAACGUCUUUCUAAAGCAUACGCCUGUGGUGGUGUUCUGAUGAGAAUGUAGCAAUUAAUAUGUCAUGGCUUGAGGCUCAGAAGUGCAAUUUAAUCCCUCCACUAAAACUUUGACCGUGGCCUUGCCACAAGCCUUAUCUUUGGUGUGUGCGACAUAAGCAAGCUGAAAAAUUAAGCAAAUUUUGCAGUUCCCUGUCAUACGGUCAGAUCUUACAAAAACUUCUCAUUAAACACUGGAUUUUAUCAAUGCUAAAUUUUUCAACUUUGCUGAUAAUCUGCAUACACUAUGUGUAAAAUGUUAUGUGCAAUCACCACUCAAGUGAGGUGUUUUUUGAAUUUUGUUUAUAGCAUUUAUAUUUCUUUUUUGGAUGCUGCUAAAAAAAGUGAUUCCACUGUUCACUAUUCUUUUCUACAUUAUAUAUAGAAGCAUACGACCUCUUAAAGUAAAAUUCUCAUAAAUCAGUGUUAUUGCCUUGUUGAAAGAUUUAUUCCACAGGUCACUUUUGGAGUUGGCCUCUUUUGGGUUUUCCUUAUAUUUUUAACAGUAUAUUGCAAAUAAAAAAACAACACAUUAUGUGGGAGAACUGCACAACAUAUACUCUCCCUUUGUUCCAUGUUCCCACAGUGUAGACGGUGGGUUUCAGCCAAACAUGUUUUUUCUUUUCACACCAACAAGCAUGGCUAACUUUACAUAUCCCACCAUGCGAAAACAGAGCAGAUCUUUAUGGUUAGAAAUGUCACAAACUCACAAUCAAUGCAGAUGUUUUCAGCACCCCGAUCCUGCCAAAGCUGUGAACUGUAUAGUUUUCUUGUAGCUUGUAUUUGUACAAUUUUAUUUUGGCUGUAAAGGCUAACCGAGGAGGAGGGGUUGCUUUGAUGUAUAUUAUUCCAUCAAUUCGGUUUGAAUUGGACUUUUAUAGGAUUUUAUGCAGAGUCUUCUGCUUUGGUGAAAUAUUUCCAACAGUAAGAGAUUUCUGUUCUCUUUCACUCGUAUUCUGAUGUGUUUAUUCUUACCUCCUUUGUCUGAAUGGAGAGCGGAGGAAGGAGUAAGCACUGCCGGCUUGUUCAUUUUGAAAGCGGUGAUCAGGCAGAGAGGGUUUUGCCUGCUGUGUGUCCCACUGCAUAGUCCCACCCUGUUCUGCUGCACUCUAAUCACAAACUGUAUGUUAAGAGAGAAAUAAAUAUUUUGUGCUUGAA